AUGGCUCUAAGGCAAAGAUUACUUCUCGACAUCGCGGAGCUCAAGCGUGUCCCGUAUCCAAACAUCGAAUUUGUUCCACACGAAGACGUUACCAAGGCCUGCGUCAUCCUCACCUCAAAUGGCACCGGCCCUCUGCACCUGACGGUUCAGCUUCCACACGACUAUCCACUUAGACCUCCACGCAUCACCAUACAGACCGACGUUGUCCAUUCCAAUGUAUUUGGGGAAUAUAUAUGUGCCUCUAUCCUCAACACGACUGAAGGGUACACACCAGCCUACGAUUUGAAAGGAAUAUGUAUUCAGAUGCUCAGUUUCUUUGCGAGCGACAAAUUAGAACAGCAGUAUGGCGGUAGUGUUGACCUCACCGAGUAUCGAGCUCUCAACAAUGAUGCAAGUGAUAUCGAUCAGAGUCCACCGGAUUCGACCACAUCCGAGAGCACUAGCACAGCUGCAGGUGCCAGCAUUAUAGAAUUACCAGAUGAGCUUUUACUCCUUGUCUGCAAUCAGCUAGAGGGUGAGGAUCUGGAACUUUUCUCCCGUGCCUGGACUCGCAUUGGUGGAGCAUCAGGUAUCGUGAGCAGGUUCAAUGUCGUCAGGAAUCGUGAAUUGAUAUGCUUCUGCUUGAAGAAAGGCCUUGAAAAUGCAAAUCUGGGAGUCGGAGUCAAAGUGCAGAUGCGUGGCCGGUAUGGAUCGAUCGGCAGUGAAUUCGACCUUCUGAGUGAGCAAGCAUUCAACGAAUUCAAGAUUCGUCGUUCAGUGCAAGGUUUACCUUUCACGCACUGGCUGCCGCUUCCCAUAUCUCGGAAACACUACGGCAAGGUCAAACCGCUGAUCGAGCCCUGUCUGAAAGAGCUUUCUGAAGCAGCCAAGUUUCGAGCCUUCGUGCCUCUCGAUGUUGUCUACUGUUUCAUGAACGACAUCGUCGUUCGACUCAGUUCACAGGCAGAAGCAGGCUACGUCCACUCCAGUCUCAUACAUGCAAGCGAGAAAGCCAUUGAAAGCUACUUCCAUCUCUUUCACUUGCUUUUGUGUCUUGCCGUCGAGGAUAGAGGUCGUGUCAUAGCAGCAAACCGCACCAUCAAGAACUUCCUUGUGGAGGGGAAGACCUCGAAGGCUCACGUUCCGAACCUUGGUUACCUUCUCAUAGCCUGUCUUAUCGCCGAUGUCGACGUUACUGGAGAUCUCCUCAAGGCCAUCAUCCGAGAGACAGUGACUCGAAACGUGGUUUGGAUGCUUGACAAACAAGGUGCAAACAUGUCCGAGCUCGCCUACAUGGAAGCGAACACCAUAUCUCGUUACCGUUUGCAAAAGACCUUCGACGCUAGCAAGACGUCAUAUCGCCUCCUCAUGUUCCUCAACCUCUUCCGUCGGACUAUCAACCGUGGCACUGGUCAGAACCGAAAAUCACUUAUGCAGUUACGAGAAGAACUCUUCGAAGCCCACGGCGCACCUCCAAAAGGUGUAGCAGAGCGUUUUGCAGGCGGAGUUCGAGCUCUCCAGAAAGUUGAGAACUUUCCUGGUUUUCUUACCGUCAUGGGUCUUGCUCCACCAUGCGCUAGCCAGUUUACAGCUUUCCUUCGAAAUUGCGUUGAGGAGAGCAUGACAAGGAAGUAUAGUGUUUGGGGCAUUUCUCAGGCGAAAGCUUUGACACUGAGACAGCAAGUUGACCACGAUGUAGUCGUAAGGAAGGGGCAUAAGCCUGAGUGGACAUCGGCAGGAAGCAUGCCGGUGACUUUCUUUCCUAACAGUAGUGGUUAUAGUGGUGGUACCAAGGGACGAGAUGGUAGGAGCUAG